CAAACAAAACAGAUGUUUCUUUCUGUUCCAACCUACGGUCUGCUUUUCACUGAACACGUUAUCACUUUGUCCAUUUUUAAUUUUUAUUUUUGUCGUAAGACAAGCCGGGACCAGCAUGAGCACUCUGAACGAACAGUAUGAUGAGCAAGUCCGUCCCCUCAUCGACCUCAUUGACUCUCUCCGCUCUCUCGGUGUAGAGAAGGACCUGGCGCUGCCUGCUAUCGCCGUGAUUGGAGACCAAAGCUCGGGGAAGAGUUCUGUGUUGGAGGCGCUGUCCGGGGUGGCACUGCCGAGAGGCGGCGGUAUUGUGACAAGAUGUCCACUGGAACUGAAGAUGACGAGAAAGAAGGAAGGAGAGGCGUGGUAUGGAAAGAUAAGCUACCGCGACUUUGAAGAAAAGAUAAAAGAGCCUGAACUUGUGGAGAAAAUGAUUCGAGAAGCUCAACUUAAAUUGGUCGGGAAUGAGGUGGGGAUCAGCAGUGAGCUCAUCAGUCUGGAGAUUGCCUCCCCGGAUGUUCCAGACCUUACUCUCAUUGACCUGCCUGGCAUUGCCAGGGUGGCUGUAGAUGGGCAAUCAGCAGACAUUGGUGAUAAGAUUAAAACUAUGAUCCAGACUGUCAUCAGUAAACAAGAAACUAUCAACCUGGUGGUUGUUCCGUGCAACGUGGACAUUGCAACUACAGAGGCUUUGAAUAUGGCUAAGCUGGUGGAUCCUGAUGGAGAGAGGACUUUGGGUGUCUUGACUAAACCUGACCUGGUGGACAAAGGCACAGAAGAGAACGUGGUUAAAAUUGUCCAUAAUGAAGUCAUCCCACUGAAGAAGGGCUACAUGGUGGUCAAAUGCAGGGGUCAGAAGGAGAUCACAGAGAAGGUGUCACUUUCUGAAGCACUAAAAUAUGAGGAAGCCUUCUUCAAAGAGCACGCCCAUUUCCAGACUCUCUUUGAUGAGGGUCAGGCCACUGUUCCUAACCUGGCAGAAAAACUCACUCUUGAACUGGUGCAUCAUAUUCAGAAAUCUCUGCCAUGGCUUGAUGAGCAGACACAGAAGAAACUGGAACAGACUCGGGCAAACCUGGACAAAUUAAGAACUGGACCCCCAUCUGAUGCAACUAAGAGACAAAAGUUUCUCAGUGAUCUUGUGUUAGCAUUCACACAGGAUGCUAUCAGACUCACCAAAGGUGAAGAAUUAAAAUGUGGAUACAACUCCAGCAUCUUUUUCACACUCAGAAAUAAGUUUGAAGCAUGGGAGAAAAUCAUAAAAGACUCUGGAUCAUCAUUCAAAGAGCAUAUUCUGAGAGAAGAGUCUCAGUUUGAACGCAUGUACCGUGGAAGAGAACUGCCAUUGUUUGUGAGCUACAGUACUUUUGAGUCCAUAAUCCAGAAGCAGAUCAAACAGCUGGAGGAGCCUGCUAUCCAGAAACUCAAGGAAGUGUCAGAGGUUGUGAGGAAAGAGCUGUUUGAAUUGGCACAAAACAGCUUUGUGGGCUUUCCGAACCUCAUCAAUACAGCGAAGAUGAACAUUGAAACCAUCAUGAAAGAAAGGGAAGAGGAAGCAAAGUCCAUUCUGGGAAUGCAGUUUAAGAUGGAGAUGGUUGUUUACACUCAGGACAGCAAAUACAUCACGGAGAUACGAAAUAAAAUUGCCCAAGAAGGUCAGGCAAAGGGACAACUGUACACCCGUGGGAUGACCUCGAAAGAGAUGAUGAAACACUUCGAAGUGUAUUACAAAAUUGCUGGGCAGCGUCUUGCUGACCAGAUCCCCCUGGUGAUCCGGUAUCAGAUGCUGCAGGAGUUUGCCAGCGAGCUGCAGAGUAAGAUGCUGGACACAUUUACGAACAAGGAGAGAAAAGAGUACCUGCUUGAAGAGGACGGUGGCACAAAAAAUAAAAGAGAAGAUCUUAAGAUGCGCCUUGAGCGUCUCUCAAGAGCUCACAUUCUGCUGUCUGAAUUCAGUAGGAACACAACUUUAACUGAAGUCAAAAACUUCAACUCCAUGGAAAAUUUUCUACCAAAUUUCUAACCUGGCAGCACAAAGCGCGAGGUCAGACCUCACUGCAAUCUUUCCACGUGUUCCUAGAAUUGAAAGGGUUGGGUAUUGCACUUAUAAUCAUUUAUAAGAAACACUGAAGAAAUAGAAAUAUUUCUAUAUGGCCAUCAGAAAAAAUAGAGACAGUUGCACCAGGAAGUCUUAAGUACUAGAAAAGAAAAAAAGAAAAACAACACACAUCCAGGUCUAAGGAGUUAAGAAAGAAAACUGUCUGGACCUCUCAUCAGAGAAGCUUCUUCAGUUCUGCGGUCAAAUGGUGGAGAGUCCCAGAUUUAAGCCCUGUGGAGACUCCACACCAUUUGACCGCAGAACUGAAUAAGCUUCUCGGAUGAGAGGUGAAACAUCUUCAAGCAACUUAAAGAAGUCCAGACGCUUUUCUUUCUAAGCUCCUUAGACUACGAUGACCUGGAUGACUGAGAACCUUCACAGACAACACACGUCCGGAGUUUUCAGAUUUCUGCUCAACUAAAUCAGAAUCUCUGUUUUGGACAGGAAUAUUUUUGCAUUAUUAUCUGCUCUGUGUGUUCAUGUGUUGUGUCAUCUGUUAUAGGUUUCCUAUUCAUUUUCAGUUGGAUUAUAUGAAUAAAUAAAUAAAUACAGUGAAACAAUAA